GUCCACCAGCGGCAGGGCGUGUACCGGAGCUGUGUUGACACACCGGCACGCAGCAGAAUCUCACCCGGGAUGAAGAGCGUGUGUCGCGGCUUGAAUUCCGAGGAUUUAUCGGUGGAUUUUGAGAAGCUUUAAAAAAAAAAGUGACGCAUUCACGGACGAAUGACGCACAUUGUGUUUACCGCUCGUUCGUCAGCGCGUCGCUGAGGUGCCAGCAUGCCCAAGAUGAAGCACUGCGAGGCGGUCAGGGUGGUGGCCCGGUGCCGGCCCCUCAGUAAAAAGGAGGAGUCUUCAGAGUGCCAGACCAUCCUGGAUCUAGACCACAAGCUGGGCCAGAUCACCAUCAGGAACCCCGUGGCUCCACCUGACGAGCCCAUGAAAGUCUUCACCUUCGACUCGGUUUUUGGUCGGGAGUCCAAGCAGAGCGAGAUCUACGACGACGCCGUGAGACCUCUGGUGGACUCGGUGCUCCGCGGCUUCAACGGGACCGUGUUCGCGUACGGACAAACGGGGACGGGUAAAACUCACACCAUGCAAGGCGUACCGGGGGACCCGGACAGGAGGGGCGUCAUCCCCAACUCCUUCCAUCACAUCUUCACGCACAUCUCCAGAACACAGAACCAGAAGUACCUGGUCAGGUCCUCCUACUUGGAGAUCUACCAGGAGGAAAUCAGAGACCUCCUCCGCAAGGACAACAACCAGAAGCUGGAACUGAAGGAGAAUCCGGACUACGGCGUCUACGUCAAGGACCUGUCCUCGGUGGUGACUAAGAACGCCACCGAAAUCCAGCACGUCAUGAACCUGGGAGACCAGUCCAGGUCUGUGGGCUUCACCAACAUGAACGAACGCAGCUCGCGCUCCCACGCCAUCUUUGUGGUCACCGUGGAGUGCAGCCAGGAAGGCCCGGACGGCGAGGACCACAUCCGGGUUGGGAAGCUCAACAUGGUGGACUUGGCCGGAAGCGAGCGCCAGAGCAAGACGGGCGCCAAAGGGAAGCGCCUGAAGGAGGCCACCAAGAUCAACCUCUCCCUCUCCGCCCUCGGGAACGUCAUCUCGGCGCUGGUGGACGGGAAGAGCAGCCACGUUCCCUACAGGGACUCCAAGCUGACACGCUUGCUGCAGGACUCGCUGGGCGGGAACGCCAGGACCGUGAUGAUCGCCACGGUGGGGCCCUCGCACAGGAACCACAACGAAUCCCUGGCCACCCUGAGGUACGCCAGCCGGGCCAAGAACAUCAAGAACAAGCCUCGCGUCAACGAGGACCCCAAAGCCGCUCUGCUCCGGGAAUUCCAAGAGGAGAUCGCCCGGCUGAAGGCCCAGCUGGAAGAGCGGGGGACGCUGGCCAGGGAGCGCAGGAAGAGGCGGGACAGCAAGAGGCUCAGCAGGUGCUUAGCCGCUUUGGACGGGGACGCCGUUUUCCGAGAGAAGGCUGGCGAGGACGGCGGCGAGGACGACGGCGAGUCCAAGGAGAAGCGGAAUAGCGUGGAUGACGGCCAGUGGGAUCAGGAUGCGGUGGAGAAGAUCAUCGAGAAGUACAAGGCCAUGGAGAGCAAACUUCUGGUGGGAGGCAAGACCAUCAUGGAUCAUACCAACGAGCAGCAGAAGCUGCUGGAGCAGAGGAGGCAGGAGAUCGCGGAGCAGAUUCGGCGCGAGCGGGAGAUGCGGCAGCAGAUGAUGAUGCGUGACGAGGAGACCUUGGAGAUGAGGGAGACCUUCUCCUCCCUGCAGCAGGAAGUGGAGCUGAAGACCAAGAAGCUGAGGAGGCUGUACGCCAAACUCCAGCUGGUGUGGGCGGAGAUGCGUGAUGUCAUCAACGAGCACGUGACCACCCGCCAGGAGCUGGAGCAGACCCAGAACGAGCUGGCCAGAGAACUCAAGUACAAGUCCCUUUUGAUUGAGAAUUUUGUGCCGCCCGACGAGAAGAAGAAGGUCGUGAGCAGACUCCAUUUUGACGCGGAGGAGGAUCAGUGGAGGCUGACGUCGGUCGUCCCGUCCGAGAGUGCGCCCGCACGGGUCAAGAGGAGGCCACUCUCCGCCGUGGGAUACAAGCGGCCCAUCAGCCAGUAUGCGCAAGUCGCUGUUGCCACGGCAACCGGCACCCCGUCCAGAUAUCAGGCUGAGAACAUCAUGCUACUGGAGCUGGACUUGUCUCCACCAACCAUGUUCGCCUUGAACCUCCACGGGGCUCAUCUGGAGAGAGCCUUCUCCCCCCGCCUCAUGGCCGACCCUCUGGCGGACGUCCCUAUGCGAGACAGGGCUGCUGCGUCGGCCCGGGUUAGGAAAUCCCAGUCCUGGUAUCAAGCUCCGCAAGCAGCAUGCGUUUCACCAUCCUGGUCCUCCAGCACCCUGACCUCAUCUCAGAGUCCCAGACGGAGACCCUCCUCGGCGGUCCAUCUCCCGGCGGAGGCCCCUCUCCGGACCAGCCCCUGAGUGUCAUCGGUACCUGUGUAGAAGCACAUCAGUCGGCAUGAAGCGACCAAAAGAUACGAGCUGCUUAUUUAGUCUGCUUUUUGUCUUCUGCUUUCAUGGAAAAGCUCUCUUGAUGAAAACCUGAAGUCAGCAAAAAAAAAAAAAAAAGCACAACGGCCAAAAGCUUUAAUAACGUCUAUUGUUUGAUUUGGGGUCAAUGCGGGACAAUGGCGGGCUUAGCGGGUAUUGUUGCUGAUGUGUUACUUGCUGCUAAUGUCAUUAUGAGGCAAAUAUACAUGCGGUAUUAGCUAAAUUAGCUGCCUUAUUUUUAUUUUUUUUUACUGCUAUGAUGUUGUGAGAGGUGAAUUCGUGUACUUUAAAUGUGGAAAAUAAAGACCUUAAAAAGAGACUUGUACUGAAUACA